AUGAUUCUACCUAUUCUCCUAAUCCUAACUUAUUUAAUCUACAAAAUCAUCUGUUCCCGCGACAAACUCCUAGAACUCCACAAAAUCCGCAGAAUUUGCAUCGAAGAGUUCAAGAAGUUCCAAGGUCCACCGUAUGUUCCGAUUUUCGGAUCAACUUGGUAUUUUUCGCGAGACGCCGUGGGUUUGGAGCGACAGAGAUUGGGAUGGCAGAGAGAUUUCGCGUGGAGUGCGGAUUCUUGUGGGCUGAUGAAAGUUUGGUUUGGUAUGUUGCCUGUGGUGACGGUUCUGCAUGCACAAGUGGCGAAGGUGGGAAAAUUUAUGACUCGCGCCGAAUGUGCUCGGAAUAGAAUCGGCGUAGAUCAUAGAGGCUCAAGCUUUUCCGCUUUACCCAUUUCGUACGAUAGCUAGCGUUAUCCUAAACAGUUUGCCACGUGGAUGCGAAAGCAGGUUUGAUCCCCGGUGCCCCGCUAGCGUCCGAGUUCAUCCUAGAGUCUAGUUGAUCAACCUAGUCACCAAUGAUGCACUUUUCAUAUUUAUUUACAUAGUUUUUUUGUUUAGUGAUAAGAAAGAGAACCAAAAAAAACUUAUUCAACUGAAAAAAAACCACAUGUUCCUAUUUCUAAUUUCUCUUCUAUCUCUCCUCAUUCUCUACAUUUUCAUAAAAAUCCGCAAACCCCUCUCAAAAUUCCUAGAAGUCCGUGCAAUUUGCAAAAUCGAAUUCGAAAAAAUCCGUGGCCCUCCAAGUGUCCCGGUCUUCGGCUCCACUUGGUAUUUCAAGCGGGAUCCGGUUGGUUUGGCAAGGCAGGGACAAGGAUGGUCCCUGGAUUAUGGGUGUAGUGCAGAUGCUUCCGGGUUGGCCAAGUUUUGGAUGGGACCACUUCCGAUUGCCGCGAUUUUGCAUGGGAAUAUUGCAAAGGUGGGCGGAGCUUGAGCUCUUCAACAUAGUUCAACCUAGAUUCUACCCAAAACUUUGUAUAUAAGUAAUUAUUUUUUGUGUGAUAAGAACACCAAAAUGAUAUUCUUGUACGUGCUCUUUUUCACUCUAGUUUUCUACAUUUACUACUCAAAAACCCGCGAACUCCGCAGGCUUCGUAAAAUCUGCGAACCGGAAUUCGAAAAAAUCGGAGGUCCUCCAAGUGCCCCCAUUUUCGGCACAGCUUGGUAUUUCAAGUCAGAUCCGAUUGAGCUGGCAAAACAGGGGGCGGAUUGGGAUCUGGAGUUUGGGAAUAGUGCAGAUGCUUCGGGAUUAGUGAAAUUUUGGAUGGGGCCUGUGCCGUUUAUUGGAGUUUUGCAUGGAAGUGUGGCUAAGGUAGGAACUUCCGGAACUUCUACACUAGAUACUCUAACAAUAAAUUCUAAAACUUGACUAAAGCUUUCAAAAUCUAUUUCACGUCAAAAAAAAUCAGAUUUUUCACGUGACCUACAUACGUGGAAUCAAUUUUCUCAAUUUUUAUUCUCUGAAUUUUUUGUCAUUUCUGAAUUUCUCCUCAUUCUAUUCCCUUCCAUCUAUUUUCUACUUCAAAUUCUAUUCCCUUCCAUCUAUUUUUCUACUUCAAACUAGAGUCUAGUUGGAUCGAGUUGGUAAGUUAGAAACCACAAAACAUAAAACUAUACUAUAGUUAACUUCACUAUAGGGCAAAACAACAGAAAAGUUAAAAUUUUAAAAAAAUGUAAAAGUUAAACCGCGACGCAAACACGCAGCGCGUUCAAAAAACUGGCGCCAAAUUCAAAGGAGGGUCUAAAAAUCGUCUUCCAUUCACAAAACGGAAAAAAUAACCAGACAAUAAUUUCCACUACAAAAAAUUGGUUGUUUUAUUUUUGGAUCUGACAUCACAUCAUUGAAAAAAAACAAACCGCGACGCACACGCACCGCGUCUCAACCCCAACCGCCAGGGUUUUCAAUUAAAAUUCAAAAUUUUCAGCAAAUCUUCGACUCGUCUGAAAACAUCACCAAAUCAUCGCAAUACAACAAAGUUCGUGAAUGGAUUGGCGACGGUUUGCUGGUGUCAACCAAUGAAAAAUGGAGAUCUCGAAGAAAGCUACUCACACACGCGUUUCAUUUCAAAGUUCUCCAACAAUAUCAGAAAAUAUUCUGUGUGCAGGGCAAAGUUUUGACCGAUGUUUUGCAACUUCGCGCAAAUGGAAAGGUGGCUUUCGAUAUUUUGCCGUAUAUUAAAAGAUGCACGCUGGAUAUCAUUUGUGAAACUGCGAUGGGAGUUUCGAUUGGAAGUCAGAGAGGAUCUAAUGAUAAGUGAGGAUUUGAAAAUUUUGAAAAAAGUGGGAGAUUAUCAUCAGAGCGUAUUUGAAUUUUGCACAAAACCUUGUCUUUGGCUCAAAAAUUGCUUUUUUCACAUCCUAUUUUAAUUUCACAAAAACAAAAUUCAAAUUUUCCACCCAAAAACCAGGCAUGUUCAUUUCGCCGGCGAACGCCCGGCGUCGCCUUUUUUAUUGAGGCGAAGGCGAGGCGUGCCUCUUUUUAGGUCAAUUAUUUUUCGCAUGACUUUUUUCGCAUGAGUUUUUUUUCGCAUGAGUAUUAUUUAUCGCAAGAGUAAUUUUUCGCAUGAGUUUUUUUUCGCAUGAGUAUUCCAUUUUGAUUUCUUGACCAAUUUUUGGUAUUCAAACUAUAUUAUUUUUCCCAUUGUCAAGUACUUUUUAUGUUUUUGGUUCAUUUACUGGAGUUUGGCUCAUGUUAAAUCGAAAUUGCACCUUUCUAGGCGUUUAACUAAGCCUAAGCUUAAAGUCCGGAUUCGUAGAGCUCAAAAAUUGAGUUUUAGCUUUAUCCGGCCUUCAAAGCUUAGGCUUAGUGAACGCUCGAAAAAAGUAAAAACUCAUGCGAAAAAUAUUGACUCAUGCGAAAAAUUACUCUUGCGAAAAAUAAUACUCAUGCGAAAAAAAACUCAUGCGAAAAAAGUCAUGCGAAAAAGAAUUGACCUCUUUUUAUUUUUCAACGAACAAGGCGAGGCGAGGCGUCGCCCGGCGAUUCGCCGGGAGAGUUGCAUUUUGCAAGUGAGAAUAGAUUAAAUUUUCUUCGAUUUUUUCAUAAAUUCGGUUGUCGGCGGGGUUUCAGCUACCUAUUAGCAACAUUUUCAAUCAAGAUUUUGCUUUAGUUUUCACUAAAACGUAUAUAUAGAAAAAAACACACACCUCGGCCAAAAUCGUGGUCUCCACAAUAAAAAUUGUACGCUAACUUUUUACAGUACAAAAAUUGUGAAUUUUUCAGUUUUUAUCCUCUAAAAAUUGUUAUUUUUCAAUUUUUGACCUCUAAAAACUGAAAUUCAGAUUUUUCAAAAAUUGUACUCUGUCCAGCCACGGCUUGGCCGAGGUGUGAAAAAACACCUAUUUUUAGAUGGAAAACAUAUCGUUCAAAUGUUCUCAUGUAACUGUAAGGCGACAUAUUUGUAUUUCUAAGCUUACAAAAACAUUUUGCUGAAAUUGAAUGUUUAUAAAUACAGUUUUUCACAAAUUGCGUUAAAAAAAACUAGGUUUUCAGUGAAAAUGACUCUUUUCUUCACUUCUUUAACCUUAAUAAUGUGUUUCAGAAGAAAUCUUAGCACAUAACGUUAAAAUAUGAGUGAAAUUAUGCCAAUUAAUCGUUUUUUAUGCAAAUAAAUUACGUUUCUUCAUGAAACAGACAACACACACGCGUUUUCUCGCCGCGGCGAAGGCAGGCGAAGGCGAGGCGUGCUUUUUUUAUUUUUUCAAAUCGCAGGCGAGGCGAGGCACGCCUGCACAAAACUUCGCCGGGCGAAAAGCAGGCAGGCAAAAUGAACAUGUAGUAGAUUUUAGGAGGUUUUUGGCAAAAACCUCCUAAAAUCUACUUUUUUCACUUAUUAUCUCCCAAAAAACCUGGAUUUCAUCUCUAAAACCUCAAAAAUUUGGAGCCACGCCCAUUUCUGAACUCCCGCUUUUACUGAAUCACAACUCUUAAACCUGAUAAUCCCGUGAAAACCCCAAAAAACCCGAGUUCCCGAAACUUUUCCCGAAAAAAACAAGAAAUAAAAAACAUUUGCAAUAGAGCGCACUUGCCGUAUUCACCAAAAAUCAAUCAAUUUUUUAAUUUUGCAUUCCGAAAAGCUGAAAAUUUUCAGAUACGUCUCAUCUGUAAAACGAGUCAGUGAACUUAUCUGGAAAUACGAGACUUAUCCAAUCAACUGGUUCAAACCAUUUUGGUAUUUGUCGGGAAGAGGUUAUGAGUUCGACAAAAAUGUGAAGAUUUCCACCGAUUUUACACGAAAUGUUAUCGAAAAACGGAAAUUGGAGUUGGAGAAUCGCAAUAAAGAAAAUCAAAAAGAUGAGGAAAAUGAGAAAUUGGCAUUUUUGGAUCUUCUGCUUCAAGCUCAAAAAGAGCAAAAUCUAUCAGACGAAGAUAUUCGAGAAGAAGUUGACACAUUUAUGUUCGAAGGACACGACACAACUUCAAGCGGAAUCACAUUCACAAUCUGGUUCCUCGGACAAAAUCCCGAAUAUCAACAGAAGGUUCAAGAUGAGUUGGAUGAGAUUUUUGGAGAGGAUUUUGAGAGAGCACCGACGUCGGAGGAUUUGAAGAGAAUGGUUUAUUUGGAACAAUGUAUAAAGGAGACUUUGAGGAUUACACCGCCUGUGCCUUUUGUUUCGAGAAGAUUGACGGAGGAUGUUUAUGUUCGUGAGUGAUUUUUGAGGAGGGAAAGGGGAAAAAUCUCUAAAUUGCUGUGCAAAUUUCCAGCGCACCCCACAAAAUCGCCCGUCCGUCUUCCCGCCGGCAUGUCAAUUCUCAUCAACAUAAUCGCAAUCAUGAAAGAUCCACGACACUUUGAAAGACCUCACGAAUUCUUCCCCGAUCAUUUCGACCCGAUUCGAACUGCUCAACGUGAAGCUUUCGCCUAUGUUCCAUUCUCCGCGGGACCUCGAAAUUGCAUUGGGCAGAAAUUCGCGCUUCUUGAGGAGAAAAUAUUGUUGUCUUGGAUUUUUAGAAGAUUUAUUGUUGAAUCGCAGACGAAAUUUCCGGAUGAGAUUCCGAUUGCUGAACUUGUAUUGAAACCGUUGAAUGGGACGUCGGUGAUUUUGAAAAAUCGACAGAAAUUGUGA